AUGAGGCGUUUAAGUGCAAUCACGAUCCUGUUUACAUUUGCAAUUAUUUCAAUAAAUAUCGAUUCUGGAAGCCUUGAAGAAGCGUCAUCUUAUUCCAACCAUUUUCGUGGAUCUCAUCAAGGAUAUCACUAUCCACAAAAGUAUAAAAAGUUUGAAAGUAGAAGCAACGAAAUUGUAGCUGAAGAUGCUUUUCACAAAUUAUUUAAUGAGAUCAAGACACAGCAGAAACUUAAAACAGCAACAAGUUACAAUAAUCGUGACAUUUUCAUCAAUAGAAAUAAAACGCGCGAUGAAGAAAGUCAACUGGAAUUUUCAUACAAUGAGAAUGAUCGCUAUGGACCACCAAGAUGGAAGGAUAUUAAUGCACAGUGCGGUGGAAGAAAUCAAAGUCCAAUUGCUAUAGACACUGGAUUUGUCGCAGUUCGAGAAAAUGCUCAAGAAUUAAUUAUUGAUGGAGUCGAUCUAGUUCCACAAUCUAUGAAAGUCGAGAACAAUGGACAUUCACUAAAGCUUUCUUUUAAGUAUCAAAAUGACCAAAAAAUAAAUAUUUCUGGAGGUCCGCUAAAGAAUCCUUUCAUCCUCGACAACAUUCAUUUUCAUUGGGGUUCAAACACUAGUGGAAGUGAGCAUGUGAUUAAUGACCAAAGAUACGCAGCUGAAUUGCAUAUGGUGACUUAUAAUUCUAUUUUUGAAACAUUUGAAAUGGCUUCACAAGAUCCAAUGGGUUUAGCUGUCUUGGGAAUCCUUUAUGAGUAUGAUAAGCUGUAUACUGGAAAGGAUAAUCCUUGGGUAAAAUUUAUCACAAAAGUGAUUAAGGCUCACAGCACUUAUACAGAAACAAACUGGGUAUUUCCGAUUCGCGACAUCAUCAAAGAUGUAGACUUCCGAGGACUAUUGAGCUAUAGAGGAAGUUUAACGACACCAAAUUGCUCAGAAAAUGUAUUAUGGAUGCUGUCAACAAGACCAAUUGUAAUUAAACAAAAUGAAUUGGUUGAACUUAGAAAAUUAAGAAAUGAUAAAGGUAGGAGGAUUAUACAUAAUUAUAGACCACUUCAAGAUACAAAUGGACGAACUGUGACAGCUUAUAAGUAUAAAUAG